UAAACUCCUAUAUUAUAAAAUCAAGCCUAUUUUUGUCUUUGAUGGAGGUAUACCUAUACUCAAGAAAAACACAAUUGCCUUGCGCAGGAAGCAGAAAUCUCGUGCUAUGAGUAAAGCGCAAAAAAUGAAGGCAGACUUGAUAAACAACUUGAUAAAACACAACGUUGUAAAAACUGUUCUUAAUAAAGAUUUCAAGGACCAAAAUAGUGAGGCAACACAAAUAACGAUAAAUAUGCAAACUAAACGUUUGGAGGAAGAUAUGUUUGUUUUACCGGAUAUGUCUAGUGCAAAUAUGCAGAGUUGUAAUGAUGAUGACGAAUACGAUUCUGACACUCUUAUUGAAUUGAGUCCACGGAAGCAAUCCAAAUGGACAGGAAACAUACAUAACGUUGAUGUAACCAGCGGUGAAUUUAAAGCAUUGCCUGCAGAUGUUCGUUACGAUAUACUCACUGAUCUGAAAGAAACGAGAAAACAAAAUUCUUGGGGUCGUUUACAUGAAAUGCCUCAAGAAUCACAAGAAUUUUCAAGUUUCCAAUUGAAACGUUUGCUUAAACGUAGACAUGUGCAAGCGUCUUUAGAAUCUGCUGAGAAGGAAAUGGGUGGAAAGACACUGACAUUGGAGGAGUUGGACAAACUACUGACUGAACAAGGCAUCGAUACCAAAGACAGAGACACAGCUUUUCGAAUAGCUGCGGAUAAUACAACCAGAUUGAUUUAUAUCAGUGACAAGAAUGCAUUAGCGCAACGAUCCAUUGCAAGCAAAUUGAAGGUGGAUAAAAAUUUAUUACAAAAUGAAGAGAUCGAACCUGUUGCUGGUCCGAGUAAUCUCAUGCCAAUAAUAGAAAACAUUAAUGAAUACGAAAGUUCUGAUGAGGAUAGUGUAUCAAUGCACGCUGAUUCUCUUCCUAUCGCAGAAAACAUAAAUGAAUACACAUUCGACAGUGAUUGGGAAUCUGAGAAUGAUAUAAACGAAUCAUUGGCUUUAAUAGGUAAAAACACUAUGAAUCCUGCAUUAAGAUAUAUGUUGGAAUAUAGCGAUUUGUCCCAGAAUCAGAUUAUGCAUCUUAUAAAAUGUAAUAAGAAUGAAAAUAAGACUGCAAAUGAAAGCACAAAAACAGUCGCAAAAGACAUUUGCAUAGAAUUAGCAAAAGUCAAACAACCAAUGGAUGAUAAAUCGGUGUUGACACUUUCUGAAAAUUGCGAACAAGUUUUGAAAUCUGUAGAAUCACACAAUAUAAAAGAUAUAUGCGCAAUCAAAGAAGAUACAGUUGAUGAUUUAAUUUCGUCUAAUUCAGAAUCGGAUAAUCAAAAUCAAAUUAAAAUGAACUCAUUAAAAAGUAAUACCAAGACAUUAAAUGCUACCAUUGUAGCUGAUGUCUCAACUUCAAACGGAAAAAUAAUGUUUAAAGAGUGUUCUUCUAUCGCAAAAUCUAAUGAUAUAACGCAAAUGGAUAUGUCAGAUACCGAUUCCGAUGAUUUCAUAGAGAUUAAAGAUGUUCCGAUACAUGAUAUAAAUGUUUUAAAGAAUGUUAUUACAAUGAAAAAAGACAUUGAGAUAACUUUCAAAUCUGAUGAGAAACUUGAAGACGAUAUAUUUGCUGACAUAUUUGAGAAAGUAAAUAAAGAGGACGUGGCAUCAAAUUUGAAACAAGUUCAGUCUAUCGAUACGAUGAAUAAUGAUGAACAUCAAAUACAAUUUAUUUCUGAAAAUAAUAAUAAUUUAAAAAAUAGUUUGUUGGAAAUUAAAUCUGAAGAAUCAAUCGAUAAAGAAAAAUUCCAGUUGCCAGAAAAUGUUUUGUUAAGCGAAAAUGUAUCGAAUGAUGAGAAUGAAAUAUACGAUAUCCAGAAUAUCCAAAAAUUAAUGGAGCAAGGUAAUAUACUUACUCAAAUCGAAUCUCUUGAUGAAUGUAAGCGAGAGAAACCAGCAGUAUUGCCUACAAAUACAAAAGAUUUGAGAGAACUGAAGGAACAAUUAGAAAAUGAACAAGAAGAACUCACAAAAGACAUUGGUAAACUCGAGAGACAAGCUAUCAACAUUUCCGAUCAAAUAAGAACUGAUGCACAGGAACUGUUACGUUUAUUUGGUAUUCCAUACAUAGUAGCUCCCAUGGAAGCGGAAGCACAGUGUGCAUAUUUGGAACAAAUUAAACUAACUGACGGUACAAUUACAGACGAUUCUGAUAUCUGGCUUUUUGGCGGCCAAUGUGUAUACAAGAAUUUUUUUAACAAGAACAAGAAAGUAUUACGGUUUCGUGCUUGUGAUAUUCAAUAUCAUUUUAAACUCAGCCGCAAUCAGUUGAUACAAUUGGCCCUUUUGGUCGGCAGUGAUUAUACCACAGGGGUGGCUGGUGUUGGACCAGUUACCGCGCUAGAAAUAUUAGCCGCGUUUCCUACUGAUGGAGAUAACUUAUUACAAGGCUUACAUAAUUUUUGUUCGUGGGUAAAGAAAGGAAUGAUCGCCACUCCUGGAAAAACGAACUUGCGCAAUAAACUACGAAGCAUGAAAUUGGAUAGAGAUUUUCCAAAUCAAGCAAUCGUCCAAGCAUAUCUUUUUCCUAUGGUCGACGAAUCAAAAGAAACUUUUACUUGGGGUAAACCCAAUAUUGUGCUUCUUUGCGAUUAUACCAGACAGAAAUUUGGAUGGACAAAAGGCAAAUUCGAUGAUAUGAUGAUACCGGUAUUGAGAAGAAUGGAAGAAAAUGGAAGUCAGAAAUUAUUGGAAUUGUAUUUCAAAGCGAAGAUGUCUCCGCGCUCGAUUGAACCAAUUUUAAGUAAGAGAGUACAAAAGGCUCUACGCAGAUUAAAUAACGACGAUGUGGACAUAGAUGCUAACAUAGAUGGCCCUAAACCUCAAUCCAAGAAAUGUAAAAAUGAUGAUACUGUCCAAAAAUUGAGUGAAAGAAAGAAUUUAGUCCAACUUGAAACAUCGACUCGAGAAAGUAAACCACCUGUAGAAAUAAAUACUAUUUUCGAAAAUUUUGUUAAAUAUACUGUUCAAGGCAAACAUACCAAAAAAUAUAUAUCGCAACGGGAAAAAGACAAAGAAUGCGCAUUAAAAAGGAAGUUGCAUGCUAUAGAAGUAUUUAGAAAAUCGAAACAAGGUUUAGGCAAAACAAGAAAAAUAAAAUAUAAGAUACGAAAAAUCAAGAAACAAGCAGAACUAUCGGAAAGUGAUAGCAACUAAAUCUGAUAAGAAACGAAAAAGCAAAAGACUCAUUUCUAUUAUAGAAUGUAUUUUAAAAUAUGUCGCUUGUUAUUACAUCAUGUAUAUAUUCCUUUAUCAUAUUGUAAAUAUAAAACAUUUUUAUACAAGCCCUAUAGUAGGCGAUGUGGCUAGACAAACUUUUAAUCUAUUCUUAUAUUUCUGUACUGUAGGGGUAUGUCAUUUGUGUAUCAUUUGGAUCAAUGUUAUAUCAUAUGUCAAUAGUAUGUCAAUUUUGCUCUA